AUGCUUGAUUACACCUUGGCGAGACUUAGCCUAUUCACGAUCGGACUGUUUACGCUUGGGACAGGAACUACCUCAGAUUUACUUUCUAAGUUUCACCAACAGGAGUACGAAAUUAAAAAGGAACGUUUCGUCCUGACCGCCUUCAAUAAAACGCUAAUAAAUUAUUUUAGCGUAAACACCUUCAAAUACAAUCGCACUGCUUUUGCCACAAAUGGCACCAUAUCAUUAAAAUUUGACUGUGUCGGCGACGAUGUAACUGUCAUAGUACAAGCGCACUUGUUUCUGUCCAACCAAUAUCGCGUCUUUCCCUUGCGAUUUCAGAUUUCACUUUGUGACUGUUUCGAAAAACGCAUUAUGGGUUUAGGAGAUUAUCCAUUUGGGAACCUAAAUGUGUGCCCUUUAAAAAAGGGUGUACGAUAUUAUGGUUGCAAUUGGAAGCCUAACGUUAAAAGAUUUCCUCCAGGAAUACCAGACGGGCAAUACAAAAUGCAAUUCACAGGAAUGCAUCGUGAUAGUUUUCUGUUUGAUGUUGAUUAUUACGUCACUAUAUAUAGGCAACCUAAGAUUCCAAACUAA